ACCACACAGACAGCGGUAGAGAUGGAGUACAGCGGGGCAGUCGGUCGUUUCCACGAUUCUCUGUCAAAGUUUAAAGUCUACGAGGAUUAUCUGGACUCCAAAGUCACUUCAAUGGAUCUAUUUUACCUAAAAAGCAGGGAGUUGGCCCGUAAGCUGGUGGAGCACGGCCACAAGGGCACGGUCCUGAGCAGGGAGGAAUUUGUGGAGAGGAAAGCAGCUGCACAGGCUGCAGAGGCUGCAAAGAGCAACGCUUUCCACAACAGGGGCCGGCCAGCGACACUGGCAAGUGCAGGAAAAGAACUCAAAGAUAACUUCCUGAAAGCCCUGGCAGAGCGAGAGGAGGCCAACCGCAGUGGGAAAAUGACUUCGGUCAUUUUCAUAAGGGAUCAUAAUACUCUUGGACAGGAAGUAUCUGGCUAUAUAGACUACACCCACAGACUCAAGACCCAAGAUUUUGAACCAUAUUUCAGCGGAAAGAAGAGACUGAUGCCAGGACGCUCGGAUUUAUGCUACUACAACUGGAAGACACGGGUGUCCACGUCCAACUCGAGCCCCAACUUCGAGGUGAUUUACGACGACCCCAACGGCCUUCUCUUCAAGAACAAGAGGGACAAGAAGAUUCUCAAUGUGGACCCUCUGACAGCCAAUCAUAUUGUAGAUGGGGCGGGACUUGUGACCCUGGUCACCCAGAAAAUGGAGGAGAAGCUUCAAACGUAGUGAAAAGCUAGAUAUAUUUCCUAACACUAACCAGUAAUUCUGGUGUGUUAAAGUGCCUAACAAAAGCCUAAAACUCUCUCACAAAGUGUGAUACUUUCCUAAAUCUAACUAUAUAAUUUUGAUGCCAAAACUUAAGCAGAAAGCAAGUGAAAACCAAAAUUAAAGAACAUCAGAAACAAAAAACUAAAUCCUGAUGCUGAAGGUCUCUAGUCCAUCAGGGGACACAAACUCUGGUCUAGUAAAUUGGACUUUGUCACUAUUUCAAACUGGCCGCCUUUUCUGUCCCGACGCAGGUCACAAAUUAUCUCCAAACUAAAUUACAUUUCUACAAAAACAUAUUAGAGAAUGCAGUUUAGUUGUAUUGAACUAGUUUUGUUGGGACAAGGUUGGACCAGGUAUGUCUUUAAGAGAUGAUUUUGUUGUCCUUGUAGCUAAGGUGACUUUACUUUCUCCCACUGUUUCCAGUUUUAAGUGUAAAAUGGUUGAAACUCUGCUUUUCCACGUCUCUUACAACUUUACUUGUUGACACGUUAUUUCAGAAGAAGCCUUUACUGUAAAAGAAGUAGUUCAAGAGAUAAAGAAAUCAAUGGGAAGUGGCGAAAUCAAAAUUAAAGAGCCACAGAAAAAGAAACUUAAUCCUCAAACUGAUGGUCUCUUGUCCAUCAAGGGACACAAACUCUGGUCUUCUAACUCAGACUUUGUAGGUCUUUCAAACUCUCCACCACAUCACAGUUUGUAAAUUAUUUCCAAACACAAUAACAUUCCCUUAAAGAAGCAAUUGGGAAUGCAAUUCAGUUCUAUUGGGAUGUAGGUUUGUGGAGACCGAGCUGGCAUAAAUAAGUCUUUAAAAACUAAUUUUGUUGUCCUUAUAGCUCAUUUAUCUACAAAUGCUGUUCAUUUCACACCCUUACUGUCUCCAAUUGUAACUGCAAAAGGUUGAAAUUGUUCUUUUUAUCAUCUCUUCUAACCUUACAAGCUGACAUGUUAUUUCAGAAGAAGCUGAAACUCUAGUUGAAGAAAAAAAGAAAUCAAUAGAUGGGAAAAAGAGAAAAACAGGCACAGAAAGCAAAACUUAAUCCUGACACUGAUGGUAUCUUCUGUUGUAACUCUGAUCUUCUAACUCAGACUUUGUCCCAUUUUAAAACUGGCUUUUUCUGCCAAGUCACAGCAAAAUAAAAAUACAAAUUAAAGUACAACAAAAAGACUGCUUUCAAGUAUAAUAUUGAGGAACAGUAAAGAUGUUCUUGGGGUUAUUUAAGAUGGAUAUAAGGUUUGAAGCAAAUACGAAUCAGUAGGCAAUAAGGUCAUCUUCAUCCUUCUCUUUUUCAGACAUUAUUGUAAAGUUAAUUAAAAAAAUUAAAAAGUCAUCAGCAACAUCUUUCCAGAAGUGCUCUUCUGGUUUCUCUAGAUAAUGCACAAACCUCACAGUGACUUUUUGUUCAAACCAAUAUCCUCUAAAGAAAGAAGUAACACUGACUUUUAAAGGUGGUUUUUUGUGGAUUAUACAGGAUAUAUUUAUUUUUAAAAUCCUUUUAGAACUAUAAAUCAAGACAUAUUAUUGCUACAACAUGCUAUUCAUUUCAUAUGGCUAAUAUUUUUUAAAUUUUAACUGCAAAAUGGUUGAAAGUCUUCUUUUUCACGUCUCUACCAACUUUACUAGAUGACAAGUUCUUUCAGCAGAAGCCUUUACUGUAAAAUAAGUAAUUUAAGAGAUAAAGAAAUCAGUUGAAGGUGGAAAAAUCAAAACUAAACAGCCACAGAAAACAAAACUUAAUCCUGAAACUGAUGGUUUCUUCUUCAUUAUGCAACGUAAACUCUGGUCUUCUAAUUCGGCCUUCAUCACUUUUUCAAAUUGGCCUUUUCUGCCACUUUGCAGGUUGCAAAUUAUUUCCAAACAAAACUAUGCCUUCCCUAAAAAAAUAUUUUGAGACUGCAGUUGUAUCAGAUUUAGGAGUAUCUUUAAAAAAAAAAACUGAUUCUGUUGUUCUUGUAGCUCAUUUUCUCACAACAUGCUGUUCAUUUCAUGCCUUUAUUUUCCCCCACUGUCUCCAGAUUUUACUGCAAAAAUGUCAAAACUGUUCUUUUUCAUGUCAACCUUACUAGCUGACGUGUAGAACAAAAAGUCUUUCCUACAAGUCUAAGAGGAGUAGUUUAAGAGAUAAAGAAACCAGUGGGAGGUGGGAAGAUAUUUGCUUUCCACCUGCACAGAGAUCGGAGGAUCAAGGGGUCGAGACAGGUGCUUCCUCCAGACAGGGGCCCCGAAGAAUAAAGACUGACAGCCCUGCUUUUUUUCCUCUCCAGUUUCCCUUCUUUGCUGGGGGGUAGGGAAGUAGCUGGUGGGGCUGGAACUAUUUUGAAAUUGCAGACAGAGCUGUGGGGACUGCGUUUUUGAGGCCAAGCGCUAAAAUGGCAGCGCAGCGUUGGAGCUGUGGUCGAGCACCGCCCCGACCAGGCCGUCUAUUAAAAACACAAGCCAAGGCAGAGGAAGCCAGACACAGCAAACCGCCCGAGUGCCCAGAAGAACCCAGCUCGGCUCAGCCCAGAUUGGCUCGGCACGGAGCAGCACAGGACCCAUCCGGCCUUUAACCCACCAUGAGCUCACUUAGCUGCUCGGGGCGGCCGCAGAUCCGCAGGGGGAAUCUUCCAGAAUCAGAGCUCAAAUCGACUCAUUUUUACCAGUUUGUUUGCUUUUCUGCCUUUGUUGUGAUUAGUUUUUUCAGUUUGAGCGAAAAAAGUGGGUUGGGGCUGUCAUAUUUCUGUUUUGACAAUAGCUUGGUUGACGUUAAAAGUAAAAACAGGAAGUUGCUUCAAUGAUACACAACCAGUCAAAAAUUUUAGAACUCCCCAAUGUUUCCAGUUUUCUAUUGAAAUUCAAGUAGUUCAAGUUCAAUGAAUAGCUUGAAAUGGUACAAAGGUAAGUGGUGAACUGCCAGAGGUUAAAAAAAAGGUCAGAUAACCCAAAACUGAAAAAUAAUGUACAUUUCAGAAUUAUACAAAAAGGCCUUUUUCAGGGAACAAGAAAAGAACUUAAAGCUGUUCUGCACCAAUGGAGGUUGAUCAAACCUUGAAAGCUGGUGCUACCAAAUCCUACAGGUGUCCCGACUUUUCUAGAUUACUUCCAACUCCCUCUGUCUGGAUAAAAGUAGUGGUGGAACACACCAUGGAACCCUCCAGAGCAUUGUUAGAACAGUAUUGUACUGCAGAAACUAGUGUGCUGCUAUAAAAAUGGAGAGGAAAAGGCAAUUAACAAUAGAAGAGAGACAGACUAACUAAAGAAAUGGUCUUAGACCCAAAGUUAGUCGGGGAUCAUAGUCCUGUGGUUAUACACAACACUGCGAUUGAGCGGGUUUCCAGUUACAGAUACCUCGGGCUCCACAUGGACAACAAGUUUACCUGGAGCACUUAUGUUGAUAGUCUGUGCUCUCGGCUCCAACAGCGGCUCUACUUUUUGCGCAGACUUAGGCUGUAUGGAGUCAGCAGAAAGCUCAUGUUCAUGUUCUACCAGGCAGUGAUUGAGAGUCUGCUAAGGUAUGGCAUGAAUGCCUGGUAUGGAAACCUGACUGUGCAGUCAAAAGCAAAAUUACAAAGACAAAUCAACAGCGCGAUGAAAAUCAUGGGGGUGAAGAAUCAUCAGCCCCUCAAUGCACUGUAUGAGCAAUCUGUUCUGAGACAGGCUGGGAAGAUACUGGCUGAGCCCUCACAUGUGCUCUAUCCACAAUAUGAUCUGCUACGCUCUGGGAGGAGAUACAGGGUACAUAUGGGUUUGAAGAGAUUUAAAAACUCCUUCUUGCCAAAAUCAGUAAUGCUUUUAAAUAGGGACGCCUGAGAAUCACUAUGGUGUUGCAUGUUUGAUAACUUUUGUAUUCUAUGUGAUGUAUGAUGUAUGGAAUAUGUAUAACUUUUUUUUUUGUUUGUUUGUUUUUUAAGGCACUUCGGCACAAGUCCAAGACAAAUUUCCCUACGGGGACAAUAAAGUAUAUCUUAUCUUAGACCAUCAUAACACUUAAAAAUGUAGGUCUUUCCUACAGAGAAACUGUGAAGAAAGUCAAGGUGUCAGUGAGUCCAGUUUUCUUCACCAUCAAAAGGCUCAGAAACUGGAAGAAACUCUGACAGGAAGAGGUCUGGAAGACCCAAAGCCACAACAGAAUCAGAAGACCAGUUUCUGAGAGUCAACAUCUUCAAGCACAGCUUAAUAGUGGUCCUAGUUAGAAGUCUCAGUUUCAACUUGAAAAUCUGCCCAAAACAACUUGAAUUGUGGCCAAAAUAAAAUGAAAUCUCUCUAAAACAAUCUAAAAUGUGGCCAAAAAUGGCUAAACUUGUCCAAAAUUACUAAGAAUUCUUCCAAAAAUUAUUUAAAAUCUGUCUACAACAGCUUAUAACCUUUUCAAAAUGACCCAAAGUUGGUCAAAAUUACUUAAAAUGACUCAAAACCUGACAACAAUGACUUAAAUCCACCAAAAACAAAAUAAAUUGUGGCCAGAAUAACACAAAAUGUGUAUAAAACAACCUAAAACGUGGCUGAAAUGACAAAACCUGUCCAAAAUUACUAAAAAAUCUUUCAAAACAACUUAAAUGUGGCCAGAAUAACACCAAAACCUUUCCAAAAUGAUUGAAAUAUGUAUAAAACAAGCUAAACUGUGGUUAAAAUGGCAAAACCAAAGCCACAACAGAAUCAGAAAACAAGUUUGUGAGAGUCAACAUCUUGGUGAUAGGAGCUCACAGGACAACAGCUUCAAUCAGCUUCAUAGUGGUCGUAGAAAGAAGUCUCAGUUUCAACUGUGAAGAGAAGACUUGGAGUUGCACGUUUGACAGGUGGAGUUGUAGCAAGAAAGCCAUUUCUAAGACGUCACAAUAAGAAAAAGACGCUUGCCUGGGCCAUGAAACACCACCAAUGGACUACUGAAGACUGGAAGAAGGUAUUAUGGACUGAUGGAUCAAAAAUUUGAUGUCGUCGGUUCAUCACACAAGAUUUUAGUACGCCGUCAAGGAGGAGAAAGGAUGGUUCCUCAGUGUGGAACAUCAACUGUCAGACAUGGAGGAGGAAGUGUGAUGAUCUGGGGCUGUUCUGCUGGUUCCAGGGUCAGUUCUUGUACAGAGUGAGAGGAACCCUGAACCUAAACAGCUACCACAGCAUUCUGCAGCACCAUGCAGAACCCUCUGGUAUGUUCUAGUUGGUCAGGGGUUCAUCCUACAGCAAGAUAAUGAUCCAGAACAUCAGUCCAAGCUCUGCCAGAACUACGUUCGGAUAAAAGAACCAGAUGGUGAGCUUGAAAACAUGGAGUUUCCAGCUCAGUCUCCAGACUUAAACCCCAUGGAGCUGGUUUGGGAUGAACUGGACAGAAGAGUGAAAGCAAAGCAAGCUACAAGAACCACACAUUUAUGGGAACGUCUGCAACAGAGUUGAGAAGAACUUUCUGAAGAAUAUUUGAUUUCCAUUGUGGAAAGAAUGCUACAAGUGUGUUCAGCUGUUAUAUCUGCCAAAGGUGGUACUUUGAGUCAAAAGUUUAGAAUACAUUUUGGUUUCUAAAUAGAUUUUUCUUUUAAACUUUG